AUGUUUAAUGCAGAAGAAUUCAUGCAGAGUCCAACAUUGGACAAUUUAGCAUUAUUAAAGAAAGAUGAUUUGUUCUUGCUUGCUGGCCACUUAAACCUUGAGGUUCAAUCUUCUAUGAAAAAACAGAAAAUUAAAGAAGUUGUAGUUAAAUAUUUUGUCGAUAGUGGGAUUUUUGAAGAAACCUUCUCAGAUGCUAUGGCUGACCCUGUGGGUAAGGUAAUGGAAGCUUACAAGGCAAGGUCUUUAGAGCUUGAGUACCAGUUCAAGUGUGAGGAGAUGAGAAUGGAGAAAGAAAGAGAAUUUGAGUUGAAAUGUCAAAUGGAGCGUGAGGAGAGAGAUCAUCAGAUUAAAAUGAAGGAAUUAGAUCUGGCUAGUGUUAGAACCCAGCCCAUUCCCUCUCAGAGUUUUGGUUCGAGUCAGUUCGACGCGACUAAGAACAUUAGACUUGUACCUAAAUUUCAAGAAAAGGAAAUCGACAAAUAUUUCUUGCACUUUGAAAAAGUUGCCUGUAGUUUAAAAUGGCCUAAGGAUGUAUGGACAAUCUUGUUACAAAGUGUUUUACUUGGUAAAGCAAGAGAAAUUUUCUCUGUAAUGCCUGUAGAGCUUAGUGGGGAUUAUGACUAUGUUAAAGAGCGCAUUUUAAAGGCAUAUGAGCUUGUGCCUGAAGCAUAUAGACAGAAAUUUAGAAAUGCUAGAAAACAAGCUGAUCAGACACAUGUAGAGUUUGCACGCGAGAAGACGCAGAUGUUUGAUAGAUGGCUUCGAUCAAAAGAUAUUGGUCAUGAUAUUGAAAAACUUAGGGAACUUGUGUUAAUGGAGGAAUUUAAAAAGUGUGUGCAUAAUGAUGUCAAAAGUCAUUUAGAUGAGCACAAGGUGGACACUUUGAAUCAGGCAGCCAUUAUGGCUGAUGAUUAUUCAUUAACCCAUAAGCUAAGUGCUAAGGUUAAUUACAAUACUCCAGUUAGUAGUCAAGCUUCCCAUGUUACAGCUAGUUCUAUCAAUAAAUCUACUAAGUCAGGUCAAGUUGACAAGUCUGUAAAUCAGACUAACAAUGUACAUCAAAGUACUGAGAGUCCUGUAAGGGUAAUGACAUGCGCAUAUUGUAAAAAGAAAGGUCAUAUAAUGUCUGACUGUUGGUCAUUGAAGAAAAAGGAAGAGAGAAAGGCUAAAGGUGUACAGCCUAACGCGUGUACCGCUGUAAUCCCAAAAAGGAAAACAGCUAAAACCAUGAGCCUGGACAAACACUGUCCUACUAAAUCUAAGUCUGUUAUGGACAAGAUGAAACCCUUUCUAUCUCAGGGAUAUGUUUCCCCUGAAGGUGAAGAUAACAAUAGGAUUCCUAUUACAAUCCUUAGAGACACAGGGUCUUGUCAAUCUCUGUUUUUAGAAAGCGCUUUGCCUGUUUCGGAGAAAACUUAUAUGGGCGCUGACGUACUGGUCCAAGGCGUUGGGUCAGGAUUUAUACCCGCCCCGCUUCACCAGGUUUACCUUGAAUCAGACUUGGUGUCCGGGCUUGUUCAAGUGGGCGUGUUGCCUACUCUUCCAAUGGAAGGAGUAUCAUUACUCCUUGGUAAUGAUUUAGCAGGUGAUAAAGUUAUUGUUAACCCUAUAGUAACUAACCAACCUGUUAGUGAAUGUACAGAAAAUGUAUUCGUCCAACCAACAGGAAUCUGUACUAGGGCAAUGAGUGCUAAAAUGUUAGAAAAUGAAGAUGAAACUUCUGUUGCUGAAUCCAGUCCUACUCAUAGUAAGGAAACAUGUAAUGGUAAAAGUUCCAAACUAGAAGAGCAUGGUAGUUUAAACAAGGACGUGCUUAGUCGGGAGCACCUGAUUUAUGAGCAAAAUAGGGAUCCAGAAUUAUUAUCCCUUAGAGAUAAAUCAUUAUCUGGGGAAGAAAGAGACAAAGUUCCUGUUUGUUAUUUUGAAAAGGAUGGUGUAUUGAUGAGGAAAUGGAGACCUCCAGAUGUAGGUGUGGAGGAUGAGUGGGAGGUGGUGUAUCAGAUUGUGGUACCAAAGGUAUAUAGGGAGCAGGUAAUGUCAAUAGGUCACGACAGCCCUAUGGCUGGGCAUUUGGGUGUCACCAAAACUUAUAAUAGAGUUUUGACCCAUUUUUUCUGGCCUAAGAUGAAAAGUGAUAUAGCUCAGUACUGUAGAUCUUGUCAUAUCUGUCAGGUUGUGGGAAAACCAAACCAAAAGAUACCCUGUGCCCCUCUCCAACCCAUACCAGCCUGCGAUGAACCUUUUUCGCAAGUUAUUAUAGAUUGUGUAGGUCCCCUACCUAAAACUAGGUCAGGAAAUGAAUACCUAUUAACUGUGAUGUGUGCAUCGACAAGGUUCCCAGAAGCCAUUCCUUUAAGGAAUAUAAAGGCUACCACUAUAGUGUCAGCAUUGACAAAAUUCUUUACAUUAGUUGGUUUGCCCAAAUCUAUACAGUCUGAUCAGGGCUCAAAUUUCAUGUCUACUGUUUUUCAGCAGGUGAUGUAUCAGUUAGGUAUCCAACAGUUCAAAUCCAGUGCGUACCACCCAGAGUCCCAAGGGGCACUUAAACGUUUUCACCAAACUCUUAAAAAUAUGAUACGCACCUACUGUUUGGAGUAUGAAAAAGACUGGGACACUGGCAUUCACAUGCUAUUGUUUUCGGCUCGUGAAUCGGUUCAGGAAUCCCUGGGCUAUAGUCCAUUUGAACUUGUAUUUGGUCGUAAAGUCCGUGGACCUCUGAAACUUCUGAAAGAAAAAUGGUUGGAAGAAAGCACUGAUACCAACCUUCUAGAGUAUGUCACCAAUUUUAAACAAAAACUGGUCAGGGCUAGGGAAAUAGCUAGUACAAAUUUAAAGGCUAGUCAGAGGAAAAUGAAAACUUGGUAUGACAAAAAUGCUCGGAGUCGAGUAUUUGAACCUGGAGAAAUGGUAUUAGUUCUGUUACCGGUGCCAGGGCACUCCCUACAGGCUCGUUAUCACGGACCUUAUGAAGUAGAAUGUAGAGUAGGAGAGCUGGAUUAUGUUGUUAAAACUCCAGGGCGUAGGAAAACUAAACAGCUAUGUCAUAUCAAUAUGUUAAAGAAGUAUGUUGGUCGAGAUGACCCCAUGAAUACCAAAAGUGUUCCUUGUGCUAUAGUAAACCCAGAAGUAGUGGAGAACAGUAUUGAUGAUCAGGAUAUAGAACCUGAUGAUAGGGAUUGUUCAGUUAGACUUAGGAACUCUGAUGUUCUCUCAAACUUGGAUACAAAGUUAGAACACCUGACAGUUGGUCAGAGAGAAGAGAUGAAAGGUUUAAUUAAUGAGAACAUACACCUGUUCCCAGAUGUCCCUAAUAAGACUACAGUAUUGUUUCAUGAUGUUGAUGUAGGGGAGGCAACUCCGAUCAAGCAACAUCCAUAUAGGCUUAACCCAGUUAAGGCUAAGAUAAUGAGUGAUGAAAUUCAGUACAUGUUGGAUAACGAUAUAAUCGAACCUAGCCAAAGUGAAUGGAGUUCUCCGUGUUUGCUAGUUCCUAAACCUGAUAAGUCAUUCCGGUUUUGUACUGACUUUCGUAAAGUUAAUGCGGUUACUAAAACUGACUCUUUUCCUAUGAAGAGGUUGCAAGAUUGUAUUGACAAAGUUGGUAGUGCAAAAUAUGUUACAAAAUUUGACCUUCUUAAGGCUACUGGCAGGUCCCUUUAA